AUGCCAGAUGUUACCACUCGGGGAAUUAUCUCAGGCGGCAUUUUGUCGGCAUUUGGGAACGUCCUGGCCCAGAUGAUUAAGCAGCGGAAAAAAGAAAACUGCUCUCAAAAGCUAGAUGUCGGUGGGCCCCUCAGAUAUGCCAUUUACGGGUUCUUCUUCACAGGGCCGCUGAGCCACUUCUUCUACCUCUUCAUGGAGCACUGGAUCCCUCCCGAGGUGCCCUGGGCAGGGCUCAAGAGGCUGCUCCUGGACCGCCUGCUCUUCGCACCGGCCUUCCUGCUGCUGUUCUUCCUCGUCAUGAGCUUCCUGGAGGGCGGAGAUGCUGCCGCUGGUGCUGCCAAGGUGAGGAGCGCAUUCUGGCCGGCACUGCAGAUGAACUGGCGCGUCUGGACCCCCGUGCAGUUCAUUAACGUCAACUACGUCCCCAUACAGUUCCGGGUGCUUUUUGCUAACCUGGUGGCUCUGUUCUGGUACGCCUACCUGGCCUCCCUGGGGAAGUGAGGCGGACCGGAGAGGCUGCACCAGCACGGGGAGUGCUCACCUGCCCCGCGUGAGAGCAGAACGAAUCUGACUCCAGGUCAUGUGAUCAACACGCCCUAAAAUGAUGGAGAAACAGCAACCACUCAAAAAUACUAAGAACGAUUUCACUUGUCACCUUAGACUGCAUUAGGGUCACAAUAAACUAUAAUGUACCUUUUUCAAGGGUAAUUUAAA